GAACUGAAAUACAGUUACAGGCUGACUAAGGAGUCAGAAUAAGACUGAAUCCUGCUCUGUGACCUUUCUAUACCUGGACCAUGAACGUGCUCUUUGGCUUCAUGCUUUAGAAACCUUUGUAGUAACUCUGUGAAGCUGCUGGAAAUCAUGGCAUUCUCUCCAUGGAAGCUGUCCUCUCAGAAACUCGGCUUUUUUUUGGUGACUUUUGGUUUCAUUUGGGGAAUGAUGCUUCUGCAUUUUACUAUUCAGCAGCAAACACAACAUGAAAGCAGUUCAGUCCUGCGUGAGCAAAUUUUGGAUCUCAGCAAAAGAUACAUCAAAGCACUAGCUGAAGAAAAUAGAAAUGUUGUAGAUGGGCCUUAUGUUGGGACAGUGACAGCAUACGAUCUGAAGAAGACGCUUGCUGUCUUAUUGGAUAAUAUCUUGCAGCGCAUUGGGAAGCUAGAGUCAAAGGUGGAAAAUCUUGUACUUAAUGGAACAGGAGCAAACUCUACCAACAAUACUACUACUCCUGCUCCCAGCCUAGGAACGGCUGAAAAGCUUAAUGUUGCAGAUCUCAUAAAUGGAGCCCAAGAACAGUGUGAAUUGCCUCCUAUGGAUGGUUUUCCUCACUGUGAAGGGAAAAUAAAGUGGAUGAAAGAUAUGUGGCGAUCAGAUCCCUGCUACGCGAGUUACGGUGUAGAUGGGUCCACGUGCUCCUUUUUUAUUUACCUCAGUGAGGUUGAAAAUUGGUGUCCUCGUUUACCUUGGAGAGCAAAAAAUCCUGAUGAAGAAACUGAUCAAAAAACAAUGGCUGAAAUUCGUAUCAACUUUGAUUAUCUCUACAAAAUGAUGUCAAGGCAUGAGGAAUUCAGGUGGAUGAUGUUACGCAUCAGACGGAUGGCUGAUGCCUGGAUUGAAUCAAUUAAAUCACUUGCAGAAAAACAAAAUUUAGAGAAGAGAAAGCGAAAAAAGAUUCUUGUUCAUUUGGGACUUUUGACAAAAGAAUCUGGAUUCAAGAUCGCAGAGAAUGCAUUUAGUGGUGGCCCACUUGGUGAACUAGUCCAGUGGAGUGAUUUAAUUACAUCUCUCUACUUACUGGGACAUGACAUCAGGAUUUCAGCUUCACUGGCAGAGCUCAAGGAAAUUAUGAAAAAGGUUGUAGGUAACAGAUCUGGCUGCCCUACCCAGGGGGAUAAAGUUGUCGAACUCAUUUACAUUGAUAUUGUGGGACUCACUCAGUUUAAGAAAACUCUUGGUCCAUCAUGGGUACAUUACCAGUGCAUGUUAAGAGUUCUGGAUUCCUUUGGAACUGAACCGGAGUUUAACCAUGCCCAUUAUGCCCAAUCUAAAGGCCACAAGACACCAUGGGGAAAAUGGAACCUUAAUCCACAGCAGUUUUAUACAAUGUUCCCUCAUACUCCGGAUAACAGUUUCCUUGGAUUUGUGGUAGAGCAGCAUCUGAAUUCCAGUGACAUUAAACACAUUAAUGACAUCAAAAGGCAGAAUCAGUCUCUAGUUUAUGGCAAAGUGGAUAACUUCUGGAAGGAUAAGAAGGCUUAUCUGGACAUCAUUCACACCUAUAUGGAAGUCCAUGGAACUGUUCAUGGGACCAGCACUAUUCAUAUGCCCGGCUACGUGAAGAACCAUGGUAUACUCAGCGGACGGGAUUUGCAGUUUCUGCUGAGAGAGACCAAACUGUUUGUUGGUCUCGGAUUCCCGUAUGAAGGGCCUGCUCCUUUAGAAGCUAUUGCUAAUGGAUGUGCUUUUCUAAAUUUAAGAUUUAGCCCACCCAAAAGUAGCAAGAAUACAGAAUUUUUCAAAGGCAAGCCUACGCUCCGAGAGUUGACAUCUCAGCAUCCCUAUGCUGAAGUUUACAUUGGGAAGCCUCAUGUCUGGACUGUAGACAUCAAUGAUCGUUCUGAAGUUGAGAAGGCAGUGAAAGCAAUUUUGAAUCAAAAGAUUGACCCUUAUUUACCCUACGAGUUUACGUGUGAGGGAAUGCUGCAGAGGAUGAAUGCGUUUAUCGAAAGACAGGAUUUCUGUCACGGGCAGGUGAUGUGGCCCCCAUUAAGUGCCCUUCAAGUGAAAACGGCUGAACCUGGAAAAUCCUGUAAGCAAGUUUGUCAGGAAAACCAGCUCAUCUGUGAGCCUUCCUUCUUCCAGCAUCUUAACAAGGACAAAGCUCUGCUUAAGCAUAAUAUUGAAUGUCAUACCGUCGAGUCUGCGAAUGAUAUCGUGGUCCCCUCUUUUGACGGAAGAAGGAAGCACUGUGUUUUCCAGGGUGACCUCUUACUGUUCAGCUGUGCCGGAUCCCACCCAACCCACAGAAGGAUCUGCCCCUGCAGAGACUACAUUAAAGGACAGGUUGCGCUUUGUAAAGACUGCCUAUAGCAGCAGCAGAGCUCCUUUUGAGUUGGGGACAAGAUGUGAGUAGUUUUGAGAGAAACUACUUAUUACUUCCUGCACUUUUGUCCAGGUUUCUUGCUGCAGGCAGAGCGAUCAUUGCUGGGCGGAAUUAUCUACUAAGAGGAGGGAUUCAUAAUGAACAGUUAACUGAUGUUUUUUUUUUUCCUAUGAGAACAUUUGCAGCGUAACUCUUCAAAUCCCUCCAUCUGCUUGAGAAAAGAAAUGAGUUUCAUGUUCUACAGCGAUUUGAAGGUGACUGCGCAGAAUAGUUUGUAGAGAAUUCCCAGACCCAUCAAACUUCUUUUGCUGUUUGGGUGAAGCAAGUGUUUUCUAUUUUUUUUUUUUAAAGAGUUAGAACAUCUUCCAUCAUGGUUAGCUAACGGAUCUCAACUUCUUUCCGGUAGAAAAUUGAAAAAAGUGUGGUUGAGGGGAGAGGGGGUUACAGGGAGGGAGGACUAAAAUUCAGUAUGGUGCACUGCUUUGGGGACUGCUUUAGCUUGAGUGGCUAUAAAGCGGUUUACUUCACAAGAACUUGGAAUCAUAAGAUAGCUCUAUAUCCUGUGGCUGGGUUUUCUGGGCCCAGUCGUUUUUUCUUUUCUUUCUUUUUCCUUUUUUUUUUUUUUUUAAAAACUUUGUAUACAGCAAGGUAUUGUCUGCAUCACAGCUGCUGUACCAGAGCAGUCUAAAUAGCGUCGUGAAUGAGCGAAUAGGCAGUUGCCAGCGUUUGACCCAUCUUGAUGACGUGACAGCUGACUAGGGUAGUGGCACUUUUCGCUAUGGAAAAGCUACAAAAACAUACGGCCGUUUUCAGAAUGGACUUGUCACGGUUUACUGGUCCCACUUAGAGAGUAAUCCUUGGGAUUUGCCCAUGCUUCUGUUGUAGUCAGUCUACUAGAAAUACUGCGUGAAGCAAAAAGUAUUCAGCAUCGUUGGAGCAAUAUUAUUGCUAGAGCCUCAGUUUGCUACGCCUUCCAGUAGUUGAAGUGUUGCUGAAUGGCACAGAAAGGUUCAACUAUGCUAACUAUAAUUAUUGUAUGAUAGAAAUGUAAAAUGUCUUCAUAACUAGUUAGGUUUUUAAAGAGAAAUCUCUUCUGAAGAAUAGUUAAGAGAAGACAAACAACUGCUAAGAAAAGUAUUGAUGAGCCUUAUGGGUUCUUUGGUUGUUCUUUGCUUUGGGGGAAAGGGUGGUUUUUUAACAAUUCCAGAGUUUGGAGCUCAAAACAACUUUUGCUUAGAACAGCAAGUUAAAUCUUCUGAAAUGCCUUCUCGUUUUAUAGGGGUAAUUUUUGGCUUUUUUCACCAUGAGGAGGCAUGCUUGAACGCACCACUGGUAGUCAGGAAAUGAUAUGCUGAAAUUGGUGAGAAAGAAAUCUGCAGUGUAUUUUGAAAGCAGAAAAAAGGUGUAUGUACUGUGAUCAGACUGGAAGAAAACUCAAUUUGGCAUCAAGGGGUUUCUUCAUGAAGAUUAAAAAAAAAAAAAGUUACCAGGUGCUUUGAAUAAUG